UGACACUUGUGAUCUGGCACCAAUAAUUCGUCUAGAUAGUAGAUAGUGAAAGUUUUGCGUUGGAUGUUUAUGGUGAUGUGGAUUUUUUGUUAAAAGUUUGUUAUCUUCUAUGAGAUACUUAAAUGAAAUAACACACAAUGGUAGAUGAAGGCACAAGAAAAACUUUAAGUAGUAUCCCUUUACUAAAAACGAAAGCAGGCCCCCGAGAUAAAGAAUUAUGGCCAACGAGAUUAAAAGAGGAAUAUCAAGCAUUAAUUAAGUACGUCCAGAACAACAAGGAAUCGGAUAAUGACUGGUUCAGACUGGAAUCUGAUAAGUCCGGAACAAAGUGGUUCGGCAAGUGUUGGUACGUCCACAACUUGUUGAAAUACGAAUUUGAUCUUGAGUUUGAUAUACCAAUUACCUAUCCGACAACGGCACCAGAGUUGGCCCUUCCCGGCUUGGACGGCAAAACUGCCAAAAUGUAUAGAGGAGGCAAGAUAUGCCUUACCGAUCAUUUUAAACCAUUAUGGGCGAGAAAUGUACCAAGGUUUGGUAUCGCGCAUGCUAUGGCCUUGGGGUUGGGUCCUUGGCUAGCAGUCGAAAUACCAUCACUGAUAGAGAAGGGAGUUGUGAAAUACCAAGAGAAAUCAGAGGAAGCGAAGUGAAAUAUUGUAAAAAAUAAAUAAAUAUAUAUAUAUAU